AUGUCGACCACUUCCUCCCGAAUCGGCCGCCAGCCAGUCUACCGCCGCCCGUCGUGGGCACACACCGAGGCAUCGUACAAACACUACAUGCGCAAGGACCUCGCCGCCGAUCGCUCUCCAGGCGCUGAUCACGGACUUGACACCUUCUCCUACGACGAGAGUCACCUGCCAGAGUGGAAGAUGCCCACCGAUCUCCACGGGCGCCUUCCUGAGAACCUCAAGUCUCAGGUCAACGAGUGGGAGUGUGCUGGCGCCGCCGUCUCCACCUCGCUCGAGCGUAUACAGCAACUCGAGGACGAAGCCAUCUACCGCGCAUAUCCUGAGAAGUCGAGUCGCCUGGCCUCGCUCUCUCGACAGGGCUCCAUCCAGGGUUCUACUGGUCCAGGUGCCGAAACUCCACCAAUGAGCUCGCCCAUCUCACCGAUCCCGGAGAUGCCAUCUUCUCUGCUUCCACUCGAGAAGAUGUCGUUCGACACCUUACCGCAGCGCCGCCACAUCAUCGGCAUGGAGUCGCCACCAUUCACGCCGGCCGACAGCAAUGCAUGCACCACUCCCAUCUUCAGUGGCAUGGAGAAGAACAUGCCGGCAGACGCCCAUGCUCUCACUCGUCAGCUCUCACCCAUCUCAAUGAGAAGUCGUGCCGAGUCUACUUCCACCUGGGCCGAGUCGAGCGCUUCGGGCACCGCUCUCUUCGACGAGAAUGCCUGGGAGACUUACCUAGGCACAUUCAAUGCCGAAUUGGAGGACUUGCGCAAGUACUGCUGGGCUCGCUUCAAGGGUGCCGGUCACAAGAUCGACCAGACUCGCACCGAGCUGGCUUACGAGAAGACCAACCACGCGCUGCUUGAGGACUUCAACAAGUGGUGGAUGGAGACCAAGCCUAAGGUGGCCGAGUACGAGAAAAAGCAGCGCGAGUUGGAAGCGCCAACUCUAGAGCUUGUGCGUAUGGAGCGCAUGUCGCAGGGUCUGGCUGUCUAG